AUGGAGCAAAUGUACCUGAUUGAGAUAUUCAUAAACAAAGUGACCGUGUUCGCAAAGGAUGAUGAAGAAAGCACCGGAAAUAAGAACCUUAUUAUUAAAAUAAAUUUUGGACCUAAAGUGCAAUUUAUAGUCAAGGAAGGCCAAUUAGCAGUAGUCGAUAGACCAGACGAUAUCAUCGAAAUUGAUGAGAAAACUGGUCGCAGACAAUGGACGAGAACUAUACGAGUUGGUAAAUCUUAUCUUUUCCCUGCACAUCCUGACACGAUACUUCAAACAUUAAGCAAAUUUCCACUAGAAGUAGAAGUUUGGAACGACGAUGAGACUGAACUUGAAAACAAUAUGUUCAUUGGAGUUGGCAAUAUGCACUGGGAUACCAAGUUUUUUCUUAUGUUGAAAGAAACAAAAGAUUCCUGCAAGGUACAUGAACCGUUGUCAAUUAAAACCAAAGUACCCCUGAUGGCUGAAUGUUGCUGCAAGCAAAUUGGCGAGGUUGAUUUUAUUCUUCGUUUGAGUGCUUUAGGAAACACCAUAAUUACGGAAUUUCAACAACUUAUGAAAGAUCCAGAAUCUUUUGUGUUUAGGACUAAUAAGGCACCGAGUAUGUUUGAAUGCAAAAGAGUAGAAGGUGAUGACCCCAACUUUUGUAUGGUUGGUUCUUUGUAUGAGACUACUACGUUAGAAGACCCAGAAAUUGUUGAUAGAGCACAAAAUAAGAUUGAAGUAUGUACUGAACUGCAAAGCUGUGGUAUGGAGAAGAAAGCAGAUCAAUACGUGUGUGAACACACUGCUACAGAAUCAACAACUUCUAAGAAAUAUGCAAUAGACAAGAUAAAAAUGGGUGAAAUUAGAGGCCCAUGUGGUAACACCAAUUGUGCUUUAGCACAUAAGGUCAGGAAGUACAUCAGAGCUUUGGAUACCUAUAAGGCGAAAGCAUCUGGUAUUGUGUUUACGAAGACGAAUCAAGACAAAAAAAUAUGUGGAAAAUGUAUCUGCAAAGAUGAUCGGUGGCACAGAGACAGCUGUCCGGAAAUAACGAACCGGAAGGUCAGAUGCAUAGGUUGUGCAGGAAUGACCAUGCCUGGUAACACCUGUGAAGAUAAACUAAAUAAACAUUAUGGUACAGGAAUGACUCCGAAAACGAGUACCACGCAAAUUAAUUACGUUUUUAGUGUACCAAAAUUUCGAGAUGACAAAAAAAGCUUGUUUGGACAAGAAACUAUAGUCGAAAAUUGUUUUUGUAAAAAGUUUAAUAAUUCUGUUGAUGAUGACAACAAAGCUCGUCAAGACCCUUGCCCAUCUUCAAAUGAUGAGUAUAGUUGUCGUCAAUCAGGAACAACGAAAACCAUGGGAAGUAUGUCUACGAUGUAUAGCGUAGUGAACAAUAACCCAAUGACAUACAAUGCUGAAGUUAGUGCUCCUAGACACAGUAUAAGGAUGUCAACAGCCGUAACAUUAGGCGUAGGGACGACAUGUAAUCAAGGCUCCAAUGCAGAUCCUAAGCGAAAAACGCAAGGUUUUAAUGGCUCCGAUGCAGGCGAGGAUAAAGAUUGCAAAUGCAAUCCUAAAAAACCGGGCCCGCCUUGUAAAACUUUUGAUUGUGAUUGUCUAACUGAAACAGAAAACAUAGCUGCUAGGAAGUUACAUAAGCCGUACUGUCCAUUGUAUAAGCACAAAGUGAAUUGUCCUGUUACUAUGAUGAACGAGGAGGAGGAACUAAAGAAGAAUGAAGAAGAUGAAGAAGAAGUAGCUCCGCUGCCAUACGGCUUACCACCGAUUCAACUAGGCCCAUGUCCCAUCUUAGGAAGACCAUGUACAGUGCCUGAUGGCUUUGCCAGAAUGUAUAGAAAUGCUCAAUUACCAACCGAACCAUACAGUUACAGCGAAGAAGGAGUAUGUAUCGGGCACAAGACUUGUCUUCUCACCAGACCAGCCCUGCAAGUACCCCCCACUAUGGGCUGGUUAUGGAAUGCGACAGACGUGCCAGGCAUGAAGUCUGUUCGCCGCGGUUGGUCACCAGGCGUCAUUGGAAAAAGUGUGGCAAAGACGAUGACGUUUAAAUUUGCACGCGGUGGUACCGAUAAAGACAAAAACAAGAAGAAGAAAAAGAAAGGGAAUAGACCGGGUGCUGAUAUCGGUGGGGGAGAUUCCGAACCUGAAGAGGCGUUGGAGCCAAAACCUGCACUCAAGGUCCAAAGGAAGGGCGAUGUUUUUACUAUACAGGUGUCACCACUAAAAGACUUGACUGAAAUUUUGCCCAACGAAGAUCCGUACGUAGACUGUGAUCCGAUGGUUUUCAAAAUUAUAAAGAAACGAAGUCCAGAAGAACAAGCUAAAGUCGAAGCGAGAAAAAUGGUGAAAUUAAAAAAACAGCGUGAUGCGGAAAUCCGUAAGGCUCUGGCGGAGGCCGUUGAGGAUAUAUGCAAGUGUGCCUACAUGGACGUCUACUGCAACGACCUGACUGCGAUAGAUCGAGUCAUCGACAGCUGUCCAGCAUUUAAAGAGCCCGAGUGUAUUUGUAAAGAGGAGUCACUGAGCUCUUUAUCGAGUAACGCAACGUGGGAUAUAGAGUACACGCCGCCAUUUGGGUGCUUCGAUUUGGCGCCCAGAAAACGAAAAACGUACAUUCACGUGGAAACGCAGUACAUACCAGCAGACGCUGGUAUCGUGGAGCCACCGCCACCACCACCACCACCACCACCGAAACCAAAGUCUAAUUACGACGAAAUGAGGUAA